AUGUCAAAAUCUUCAGAUCAUAUUUUGGAGAAAGCAAUUAUACGUUGCAAAAAGGCACAAGCAAUAACUCGGCCAUAUAAUGAGGAUGAGAUGGUUAAGGCAGGCACUCUUGCGGCUGAAAAGCUCGAUAUACUGCUAGAAAUGUCAAAAGAAGGUGAUUUUGGAGAGCUUGGAGAGCAGCUGAUGAUUUUGGAUGAUAUGGUGAAGAAUAUGCAACUUGCAAUCUUGGAGCCUCUCACGGACUCAAUAGAGACGAUUGAGCGCCGCAUGAACGCAUAUAUAAGCGCAGUAAACGAAGAGGAGGUGAAAUCAUCUGAUGCAACGUCAGCAGAAAGAAGUCAAGAGGGGGAGUCAGACGAAGCUGCUGGAAACCGGGACGUUCCUAGGCAAAGUGCAGACACAGAAUCCGAACCAAUGGAUGAUGUUACGGUCCAACAGCAAAGAUUCUUUGAACGACUUCAUCACUUUUUCGAAUUUCAGAGAAUAGCUGAAGAGAAAAUGCAAAUGAUCGAUCCCUCAGAAAAGUUGGGAACAAUUAAGUUGAAGGCUCAUUCGAAGGGUAUACAGGAGAAAGAUGGAACAUUCAAAUCCGGAUAUAGGCAACAAGACGGGAAUGGCAAGACCAUUAAAUACCUUUCCGAUCUAUAUGCUGCAGCCAACGAGGCGAAACCUGCCUUCCAGGAUGUGCUCAACUCACUGCUUCAGGAUCUUCCCCAGUUGAAUGCAAACAGUGUACAAAUGGCACCAAUUAAAGAUCAAGCUCGUGCAACUGAAAAGGCACAAGAAGAAUACACCUAUCGUAUUCCUGGACCUCGAGAAGCUUGGUUGUUCGAUAUUUUGCGCGCGAGUGUAACAUGCAAGACACAGAAGCAGAUGUCAGAUGUCAAUAAGUGGCUCAAGGAAAACGUUCAUAUUGUUGAUUGUCAGAACAGAUUUGCUUUACCACAGUUCGACGGAUACCGUGAUCUAUUGUAUUACAUAUCAGUCCCAUAUAAAGAGGAAUUGGCUUUUGUUUGUGAGAUCCAGGUCCACCACUUUGAUUUCAAACAGCAGUUUGGAGUUAAUUCGCAUCGACCCUACUUCCGACCCUACUUCUCAGGACCGUGGCGGGAACCAUUUGAGAAUCUUCGCGAUUUAGAUAUGCUUCUCCAAGUGGGAAGAGUCGAUGAUAAUCUCAUGGAAUUUCUUCUGGAGGCUAAUGAUUCGAGCCAGCUAAAGCUCUUUGGUCGGCUUUUCUUUGAAAAGCUGGAGGAAACGGACAGAGCGUUGGAACUCUUCAAACGUGUUUUGACGAUGGAAGAAACUGCGCUUGGGAAGGGACAUGUGAUCACCGGAACAACAUAUCAAUAUCUUGGUUUAUCGCUGUUGAAGAAAGGAGACGCGGAUAGCGCCCUAAUGUACCUGAGGGAAGCACUCGCAGUGUCCGAUGCGAAUCUCGGUUCGGCUCAUCCUGAGAUAGCACUAAUACACAGUCAAAUUGGCGAUGCCCUUCUGAUGAAGGGUGAUUAUGGACAAGCUUUGAUUGGACAAACGGAGACUUUGAGCAUUCGAGAAAGCUCGCUUGGCGAGAAUCAUCUCCUUGUUGCAGAAUCCUAUUUGAAGGUGGCAGAGGUCCUCCUCGAACAAGGUGAUUACAGAAAAGCCUUGGCAGAAUGUCACACUGCCUUGACCAUCCAAGAGUCAAUCUUAGGAGAUUCCGCUGCGGAGGUAGCACAGACUCGACUAUCAAUUGGUGAGAUUUUGGAGAAACAAGGCGAAGACCAAAAGGCUGCAGAGAUGAAUCUCUCUGCUUUGAGUAUCUUUGAAAAAUCGUAUGGAAGGAAAAACGAAAAGGUCGCGGAGGCUUUGAGUCAGGUUGGGGCUUUGCAGGCGAAAAAAGGGCUAUACAAGGAAGCUCUAUCGAGCCACCAGCGUGCACUGGAGAUUCGUGAAAGCCUUCUUGGAGAGAAUCAUCCCGAGUGUGCCAAAUCGCACACAUUCAUAGCAUUUGUCCUUGACAAGACCAAGGACGCGGAAGGCGCCGCGUCGUCUUUACAAGUUGCUCUGAAAAUCCGAGGCAAAUCAUUGGGAAGAUAUCAUCUUGAGACUUCAAAUUCUCAUUUUGACACAGGAAUUCUACUUUUGAGUAACGGCGAUCCACAAAAUGCCAUGAGUCAGUUCAAAGAGUGUCUUACAAUCAGGAAAAGUCUUUGUGGUAGAAACCACCCACUUGUUGGUCAAGCGAUGAAUGCUGUUGGUCGAUCCAAGGCCCAACUUGGAAGGCUCGAUAAAGCUCUUUCAGAUCACGAGAAGGCACUUGCGAUUCUUGAGAAAGCUGUUGGUCCGAAUCAUCCUUGGAUUGCAGAUACGUAUCAGUAUUUUGGAGAGAUCCAAAACCUGAUGGGCGAGAAGGAUAAGGCAUUCGAGAGUCAUAGCAAGGCAUUGGGUCUGAGAAGUGAACUUCUUGGAAAACACCAUCCCGAAACUGCAACAUCUUGUCUGCUAAUUGCAAAAUUGCUUGAGUCAAAGGGCGAUCUUCAGGGCGCAAAAGUUGCGUACCGCCAAGCGCUAAGUUCCUACCUCGUUUUGCAUGGUGAAGAUGGUCAAGCCACAGCACAAGUACGGGUAUGCUUAGGACGAAUGAUGGUUGGGCAGUUGAAUUUCGAGGGUGCGGAAGAGGAGCUAGCCAAAGCUAAUGCUGUUCUUGAGGGAAACGACGAUCUUCUGGCAGCAGAAGCGUUGUCGUUGCUUGGCACAGUGUUAAGCAAGAGAGAGGAUUACGAUGGUGCUUUGGAGUUGCAUAAGAAGGCUCUAAAGAUUCGACGGCGAGUGCAUGGCGAUCAGCAUCCUGAUACUGCUGAUUCAGCAUCGAAAGUCGAUUGCGCGAGAAGCAAGAAUGAUGAAGACGAGAUAACGUUGUAA